GAUCUUAGCUCAGUGUGAUACCUCAGCCCUGCAGCCCCCCUAGGCUGUCUGAGCGGUGCCUCUCUCGCUGCGUGUCUCAGCCUCCACCAGGACACAGAGCUCCGCCUCGGAUGCUGCUGUUGCUGUUUAUCUGAUUACCGCGAUACGAGAGCUGCGUCUUCUUUAUUCAUUAGACUACCGGAGACCGGAGGAGAGAGAACGCCGAGGAUGCAGAUGAAGAGAGGGAGCAGCAUCCGCCGGCCGCCACCAUCUUCUCCCUGCAGGACAUCGCGUGAGCCACCCCAUUACACCACCCUGAGGUUAUGAAACCGGCUGUAAUCUAAGCCUGCAUGCCUGCAUCAAAACCUCCAAGACCGCCCUCCUCCCCCCUCUGCUCUCGAGUCUGCGAUGACACUCGUUCUUCCUGCGUCUUUUCUUCCGCAGACGCGUCUUUUCUUCGGUACCGCCUUGCCUCAUAUUUAGGUUAUGAAAUCGGAUUCAAAAACGCGGCCUCCCGCUCCUUACUCCCGCUUAACUCAUGGACUAUGUAGCCUUCAUGUCCUCUGUCAAUAAAUCCGCGGGUUGUGCGUCCUUGUUCGCCUGUCCUUCCUUUUGCAUUUCUGCAUUCCAGUUCGCCGCCCAUGCGUCGCCGCUGCCGCUACCGCGCCAGGACUCUGAAAUCUGCGUGAAGCGCGCGUCGUCUUCACGUCUCCGCACUCUCUCUGCCGCUGAUGCGGUGCGCCUGGGCGCUCGCCGUCUCUUCGCGCUGGCCGGUCAGUGAUCCUCCGGUCCAGGGGCGCUGGGGCCCUCAGAGAGGUAGGAUGGUGCGGAUCGUCAGCGCGCUGGGGCUGGUCAUGUUCAGCGUGGCGCUGCUCAUCCUCUCACUCAUCAGCUACGUGUCCAUCAAAAAGGACUUCCUGCUCAGCACCCCCAGAUACGGACCUAAUGGAGGAUCCAGGAUGUCGAUGUUUCACGCCGGGUUUCGCUCCCAGCUGGCAAUGAAGUAUCUGGAUCCAGCUUUCACUCCUCUGACCAACGCUCUCAGUGAGGACCUGCAGAACUCUUCUAAAUGGAGCUACAACAGCACUGCUUUUAUACAGCUGAAAAAGGAGAUCUCUCAAUACAUCGACAUCCCCCACAACUUCACACUGACACGAGGCUCAGUCAGAAUAGGACAGCUGAUGCACUACGACUACUCCAGCCACAAGUAUGUUUUUUCAAUUGGCGAGAACUUCCGCUCACUCCUCCCUGAGGCAUCCCCAAUCCUCAACAAGCACUACAAUGUCUGUGCCGUGGUCGGCAACAGUGGCAUCCUCACCGGCUCGCGCUGUGGCGCCCAGAUUGAGAAGUUUGACUUUGUCUUCCGCUGCAACUUUGCACCGACCGAGAUCUUUAAGAAGGAUGUUGGGCGGCGGACCAACAUGACAACCUUUAACCCCAGUAUCCUGGAGAAAUACUACAACAAUUUACUGACUGUGCAGGACAGGAACAACUUCUUCCUGAGCCUGAAAAAGCUUGACGGCGCCAUCCUGUGGAUCCCAGCAUUUUUCUUCCACACGUCAGCAACAGUGACGAGGACACUGGUGGACUUCUUCGUGGAACAUCAAGGUCAGCUGAAGGUCCAGUUGGCAUGGCCCGGAAACAUCAUGCAGUAUAUCAACAACUACUGGAAAACCAAGCAGCUGUCGCCGAAGCGCCUGAGCACUGGCAUACUGAUGUACACGCUGGCAUCCUCCAUGUGCAACCAGAUACACCUGUACGGCUUCUGGCCCUUCGGCUGGGACCCCAACACGGGUAAGGAGCUGCCGUACCACUACUACGACAAGAAGGGCACCAAGUUCACCACUAAAUGGCAGGAGUCCCAUCAGCUGCCCGCUGAGUUCAAACUCCUCUACAAGAUGCAUAAAGAGGGACUCCUGAAGCUCACCCUCUCCCACUGCGCUUAGACCUAAAACUGCAGCAGGUACAGCGCUUCUCCACAGAAGAAUUCAUGCUGUUUUGGCAAAAGCAAAAUCUUGGAUCUAAGACUGCAUUGGUGAAAUGGAUUCUUAAACUGUUUUUAUCUAAGAUCCCUGGGUAAAAACCCCAAAUCCUGUCUAUUCAUUUUCUAAGGCUCAAGAAUCUAAAGGAGAAGAGGACUGCAACUAGUUUUUUGGAAUAGGUGGCUGCAGCUGGACUUUUAGGCUACGAUGCUCUUCAGCAGCAUCACAACCAUGAAUUGCUUUCACUCAUCACUCCUGGCACUACAGCGCAAAAAUAUGCAGAUUAACUGUUGUUAAACUAUGGCUGUGAUCAGACCCACAUAAGCACCGUUAAAUAGGGCAGAUGCCUUGUUCAUUUCUACUAGACCACUGUGUUGACACAAUUUGGGUCCCGACGCCGGGGGCCAUGGCAAAAAAAGUUGAACCUGGCUAGAUAUUUGCUUCAAUUCAAGACAAACGUCAUCCUGCAACACACUGUGUAGGCCAAUCAAAAAUGUGCAAGCGCAUGUUGCUCGUGGAUGGAUUAGUUACUGACAGUGAAUAUCCUGGUUCAUAUUUCAUCGUCUUUCUAGUAUCUGAAGCAAAACGCUACCACCAACACAGGACCUUGAGUUUUUUUUAACCCAGUGCUGCUUGUGGUCUAACCACCCUGUAAGACAGCAAUGUGGUUGGUUUCUAAUGCUGUGAUCAGACUAAAUGUUUCAUCCUGACCAAUCAUAGCUUGCUGUGUUUAACAACUUGCAUGAUGUACAUAGGUGAUUGGUUUAGGGGGUCCAGGGACCAACUUCACUGUUCCACCUGAUGGCAUCAUGCGACAUCAUUCCUCUUCUGUCAUGAUGUUUUUAGGUGUCCCCAACCCGUUCUCAGCCCAGGGCAACAAGUGUGGACGGAUGAUCGAGACCCCUUGGUGUUGCUUUUUAACACCGUGGGUACCCUUUAGUUAAUAUUUUGCAUGUGAAGGGCUCCACGGUCAAGUUAUCCAGAAUAAAUACGUAACGUCUGGUUAUUCUUUGAAAAUAAAACUAGUGGUUGAUGUUGUGAAACGCCACAACUUGGUAAAGAUAAGGCACCAAAACUACUUGUUUUGGUAAAGAUCAUGGUUUGGGUUAAAACAACAAAAUGACUUAACUUACAUGACACAUACGUUAGAAGAGGUCAUAUUCUGCUUUUUGGCUUUUUCCCUCUGCUUUAUUGAGUUAUAUCUCUUUUUUGUGCAUGUAACAGGUUUGCAAAGUGAAAAAGCCCAAAGUCCAGCCCAAAGG